UUUCGGUGCAGAGAGAGGGAGCUGAUCAUACAAGUACCCUGGCACUUAACUGAGAAACGAAAGCCAGCAAGCACAGAGUGAAACAAUAGAGUACACACCUUCAGCCUAUGCUUUGUCUCGACUGCACUCUCACUGGGUUUCCUCUGCUCAGCGACUACAGGUUUUCACUGGGGACCAGCCCGGGAAGGAGUUUUGUGUUUUCCCACCAAGCAAAGGUUCCAGGCAGCAGAUCGUCUUGGGUGUCCUGUUUAUCAGCCAGUGCUCCUGGCAGUUUGCCCCACAUGGGGAGAUCGGAGCUGUGUGCAGUUUCAUACUAGUUCUGGUCAUGGGUGGAUGUCACAGUAUGGGCAGAUCAGCAAGUGUAAAACAUUCACCAAGAAAGCAGGAAUUUAUAAAUCUCAAUGGACCAAAGCUGAAGAACAACGACAUUACGAAAUCACCCUGUUCGCUUACUGGAAAGCCCUACUUACAGCCUGGCUGUGUUUCAGAAAGGAUCGUACAGGUGGAUUUGAAAACAUUGGUGUCUCUCCCCAAUGGGGUCGACAAGGCUGAGUGGAUGGCCACAAACACAAUUGCUUUCUUUAAGCACAUCAACGUGUUGUCAGGCGCUGUGUCCGAGUUAUGCACUGGUACAACUUGUCCGACCACUUCAGCUGCCGGUAAAAAGACCUACUAUUGGCAGGACGACCAUGGGAAAAGGGUGAAGUGCUCAGGUCCGCUCUACACAGACUAUGCAAUGUCCUACAUACAGGAACUGCUUACUGAUGAAAAAGUUUUUCCUACCAAAAAUGGUUCUACUUUCCCCAGUGGGUUUGUCUUCAUGGUCCAGAAGAUCUUUCUCUACCUGUUCCAUAUCAUGGCUCAUCUGUAUUGGGCACACUACAGAGACAUAGCGAGACUAGAGCUGCACCCCCACCUCAACACCCUCUACGCACACUUCAUGGCCUUCAACAAAGAGUUUGGCAUCCUUGAUCCACAGGAGACUGCCAUCAUGGAUGACCUGACAACCGCUGUGUCUAAACACAGCCUUUACUGAGAGAACCUUGAAGGACAAUGAUCAGUCUUACUGUACCUCUUGCUUUGAUGGACAUUGUUAAGUGCUAUCUGAAAACAAGACGUGAAGACAUUAUCUGUAACACAAGGUUUCCUGGGGUUUUGAAACAAUCCUCUAAUGAAGGCACAAACAGCUUUCCACAUUUUCUGUUUUGAGGAAUGAAAACGAACAGGACGUUCACCAUUGUGCAACAGCCCACGAAUUAAAGAUCAUUGGCCUACCUUGAUUUUUUCAAAGCUUUCAACCCUGUCUCUAAGAAGAUGAAUACAUUCUCUUGUCAAGAGCAAGGAUGGGAGAAUAUCUAAAAGUGUUGAGAAUAUAAGGGCACACAGGAUCUCAACUUACCUACUGCCAGAUCUGGAUGAAUUAUUUACUGCAGGUUUUGUUGGAGUAUUUGGGGACUUUGGAGGGAAACAGGUAUUUAAGUAAAAAGACUUUCAAAUCACAUACUUCAUGUGUGUAUUAACAACCAUUAACAACC